CUUGCUGUUAUUCAGUGCAAGACAGUCAACGGCUUUUCUAAAGGAGCCUCAUACAAGGCAGGGCAGGCGAUAUCUUGGGAUUCAGACCACACAUGGAACAUGGUGUAUUUAGAAGGAAGAUGGCACCUGCUGGACACCACAUGGGGUGCUGGUCAUGUUGACGAGAGCAUAAGCAAGUUCACCUUUCAGUACAAUGAGUUUUAUUUCCUGACCCAUCCAGCUCUCUUCAUUGGAGAACAUUAUCCAGAACAAGCAGACUGUCAACUACUGGAUCCAAAAGUGACCCGCAUAGACUUUCAAGAGAUUGUACACCACAAAAGUCAUUUUUACAACCUAGGGCUGAUUUCCUCUCAGCCUGGGGCAGCUGUAAUAGAAACAGAUAAAGGAAAAGUAUCCAUUACCAUUGAGAGCCGGCACAAGAUGUUGUACAUCUUCAGCUUAAAUGAAACAGAAGAUCAAGGUCUGCUAAGGCUGAUGGAGCAUGAAGCCAGAAUUGAUGUUUAUCCUUCAAAGACUGGGCAACAGAUUAUACAAAUUUAUGCCAAAAGACAGGAUUUAGAAGAAGCUUACCAGUUGGUGAUGGACUACAGAAUAGACUGUAAAACUGUGGACAACAAGAUGAAGAUUCCCAAGUGUCUUCAUAACCCUGCUGGUCCAAGCUGGCUGUCAGAAAUGUCUGGUCUUCUCCAUCCCUCACAUCCAGGCCCUACGAUUCAUACUGAAGAUGGUUGUUGUAUUGUUAGUUUUGCAUUAAUGCGAGAUUUAAGCAUUUUUCCCACUUUACAUUCAGAUGAUGUUAAAAUGAUGCCAGAGAUGGAGCACAGACAUAUCUUUCAAACAAAGACACAAGGCAAUGUGCAAAUCAAGGUCCGCCUCCCACAGUCUGGAACUUAUGUGUUACAUGUGAACAUUAUGCCUAAGAACAGUAACAUGUACAAACAUCAGUGUAAUUAUCUCAUCACUUGUACCAAUACGGCUGUGAAAUGGCCAGUGUUUCCAUUGGUGUACACAGACUGGUCUGAAAGCUAUGAACUGGUGCAGCCCCUAGAGGGCAUUCUAUCCAAGGACAGUGAUGUUUUCUUCAAGCUGCAGAUUCCAGAUGUUGCUGGAGUAUGUGUAAAGGGGAAAGACUCCUUCCCUCUGGACCUCAAUGAAAGCGGUUACUGGGAAGGCACAUGCAGUACAGCCAAUUGUAAAUACAUGUAUGUCUCUAUUAGGUCUAAAGACAAUCCAGACACCCGGACGUUUAUUCUUCAGUAUCACAUAGGAGACAGGACUCAAUAG